CGGAACUCGGUCGUGUCGGGUCGGUUCGAGUCGUGCGUUCGGUGGGUAGGUCCGCGACUAAUGGGCAAGCGUGCCUCAGUCCACUCCGAACCGUUCGCCGGGACGGUACGGUCUAGCCUCUGAUUCCUUGUACUGCGACUGUUCGGUGUUCGAUCUGCGCGCGGCUACCCGGAUCAUUCCUCAGCAAGUCGAUUCGCAGAGUUACGACAGUAACUGCCAGUGACGAUGGACCGGUCUUCGAAAAUAAUGCUGCGGAAGAUUAUCAUAGACUUCGUCUGCCUGUUCGUUGUGGGCAUGGCGGUGCUGAUGUUCUUUCUGUUCGGCAAGCCGUACAAACGUGGAUUCUUCUGCAACGAUGAAUCACUGUACCACCCGUUUCACUCGUCGACGAUAACCAGCGCGAUGCUCUACGUGAUCGGCCUCUUCCUACCUAUAUGCACGAUGAUCGUGGGCGAAUACAUACACGCGAGGCACUGCGACACCGAGCCACCUAGGACGCUGUUCGGACGAGAUAUUCCUCUUUGGAUAUGGAACGCAUACCAAAAGAUCGGAAUCUUCGGAUUCGGCGCAGCCACGACGGUGCUGAUCACGGACGUCGCGAAGUACACGAUCGGCCGGUUAAGACCUCAUUUCAUGACCCUCUGCGUGCCGAACAUUAAUUGCAGUCUGAUCGAGAAUCAGCACCGAUACAUCGAGGACUACAUAUGCACGGAGAACAUCUCGUCGAGGCUGUUGAAGGAAAUCAGAUUAUCCUUCCCCUCUGGACACUCGUCCUUCUCCGCUUACACGAUGGUCUACCUUGCGUUGUACCUGCAGUUGCGGAUGACCUGGAAGGGGAGCAAAUUGCUGAAACACGUCCUUCAGCUGGUGUGCAUCCUGAUGGCCUGGUUUACGGCUCUGUCGCGGGUCUCCAAUUACAAACAUCACUGGAGCGACGUUCUGGCGGGUUCGACCCUUGGCACCGUCGUGUCGCUGGUUGUGGCGAUCUGCGUGGCGGACCUGUUCAAGGAGCGGACCGAGCGGCCAACGGACGAGAAGCACCGCUCGAACGAUUACGAGACGGGAGCCGGCACACAGGUGAAUAAUGGCGCUAGCAAUCGCAUCUGUUGACCUAACGAGCUCGCUCUUCGCUUGCUGACCGCAACAAGGCCGUGACUGUCUUCUAGUUGCCUCUGGGAAGCUAGUCCUCCACUCGGAAGGGACGGGACGCCGCUCGCCUGGACGAUCCGAGCUCGAUCGGUCGCUCGAUCCAACAGCAAACUGCCUUACGCUGGGACCGCUGACAUCGUCGCCUGCUCGACGACACACGCCUAAAAACCUUGAUGAUCCGACGCCCGUCGCGUGAUCGUAAUCGCCAUUCAUCAUGAUCAUCGUCGAAGGAAUUCCGCGUCUCCUCACCUGUCCCGAUCGUUCGGUGGCGGCUUUUCUUCCCUUUGUUCUCCUUGAUCCAGCUUUGCCGUGUUGCUGGGGCAGUCGAGGAGCGACGAUCGUCUCUCGUCUAUUUUAACCUUUAACCUUUUAGCUACGCCUUUUUACCGUGACAUUAGAAAUGUCGGAGAUGCUCGCGACGAAUGCGAAAGAAAUUAGGACAGUCGAGCGAUACGUUAAACGUAUCUAUAGACAAUUCAGUGGCAUACCGGUUGACACUAGGACUACCAUGUUGGUCGAAACGACUGAUUUCUAAUGAUUUUUACGAUUAUUCCCAAGGUAUUUAUUUAAGAGACGAUUAAAGCUGACUUAGCAUUACCUACACUAAUACAGGUGAAUUGAAAUCUUAAUAAACUCACGCUUUUAGCUAUGAAGAAAGUUUGGAAAACUUAACCGUUCGAGUGUCUUAGCUAAACCGAAUUAGCUUUUGUUUUUGAAAAGAUUGUAAAUAGCGAUCGUUCCGUUUUCCAUUUCUAAGUAGGCAAUAAAAAUAAAUAAUUAGGAAGACGAAGUUAAUUUUACUCUAUGAACCGACAGAAUGGCGGCUCUUAGUAUAACGGAGAGCCGCCAUCGCGCCGCUCGGCACUCACACGGUUAAGCGCUCGGUAGUCCUAGCGUUAAAGCAUCCACGGAAACCAAUGGAGUAGCUAAAAGGUUAACGCUGACCACCCUUGGGACGUGUUCGUACUACCCCUUUUACUUCCCAUCGGGUGAUCUCUGUUCCACCUCGAAUCAGGGAAUCCAGACCAGCGAAUCGUUGAAGCAUUUAACAGUGAAUCUGUCCUAGUAACGCGAAUCGAACUGUUACGCGAGUACUCGGCUCCUAUCUUUCCAUCUCCAUUCGCACGCUUGAUCUCCGAUAGCUUCGACUGUCGAUAGACGGCCAGGAGUUCGCUCUCCGAAGUUUGCUCAGCGGAGUAUCUGAGAUAACAGCGAUAAUUGGAUCACGAACGCGGCGCUCCCGAUUUCGAGAGCCUCGGAAGCGAUGCAUUUACGCCGCGGCCACUGGCGAUCGACUGCGAUCGCAGGAAACACGCGGAUAUGCCCCGAGUUUUCAUUUCGCCCGCGUUAUCUCGCGUCGCGCGGGACAACGCGGGGCCGCGCGUUAGUUUCGAGGAUGUAUUUAUUUCUUGUUGAACGCUAUUUAUUUAGACGCGAGCGACGGUUCUCGUUGGUGUCGAUUGUUAGAUUGUUGUGUACAGUUACCCGGGAAAUUUGUGCCGCGCGAGGGUAACGCGGCUUCCACCCUCUAAGCUGUCAUUAUUCCGCGCGAGACGAUCGGAGAUUAGACGAGAAUGAUAUAUAUAUAUAUAUAUUGAAGCAUCGAAUCAACUGUCACUCCUGAAAGCGAGAUGUUCGUUGAACGUUGUUGAUCGCGUUCAGCAUAUUAUUUAUUAGAUUAUUUAUUGCGCCGCAUCGCGGUAUAUACUUGCAUAUUCGUACACGUAUACAUACUAUUAUACACUAGCUAUUUAAGAUUCAACGGCUCUGUAAAAGUUCGUAGAACCUGACGUAGAACGGGACAUCGAAAGGAAACUUAUUAUCAAUUGCUCGUAGGAUGUGUAGGGUGUUCAAAGGGUUAUUCGCGGAUGCAUGAAGUUUACUGUAAAACGUUUAAUUAUAGAGUUUAGGUGUCGAGGAAAUGCGCGGAAAGUAUAGAAGCCACGUUCCCCGCGCGACACGAGUUUUUCGAGCUGCGUGCGAAACUGCUUCGUCGACGGAAGAAUCGACUCGGUUAACACUAGAUCUACGGGGUUCGUUUUAAUUGUUUAUUCUAUUGGUUCUAAUGUUCUAUAUCGAUUGUAAAAAUUGUAGCUUCGAAACUGGGCUGUUACAAUGUGUAUUCUCGUAAUUGUACGAGUCAGAAUCGACGUGAACUGUUAUUAAAUGAUGCUUGAAACGUUCGGUAUCCGUCGAACUGACGGGUUCCGUGAAUCUAGUGUUAAUCAGAGAAUUUUUAAAUGGCCGGGCCGCGAUACGUGCGGAAAAUUCGGUGUAGGUUGCGUCGAGAACCUAAACAUUCGAGUGAAACUGGUUCGUUCUCUCAACCGUUUGUAUCGCGACGUAACCCGUGAGGGUUAUAACUCGAGAUUCGCAAUUUUAUUCUUGUACAAGACUAGAUUUCAGUAGUUACAUAGCAUCCUUGUUGCUCUUUUCGGUGCUCUCGGUUGAUCCUGUUGCAGUUUUUCUACUUGUUGUCUACAUUUAAACGAGCAUACGUUUGCUAACAAGGGAGGCUUUCCAAUCAGCGCCAGAUCAUGACACAUGACACUUGAGGGUGUCUUCACCCUUUCAAAGAAGACGUUACAAUAAGAAACGUGUCAAAUAUUUCCUAAAGAACUACGUCCCACAUAAGUUUCAUCGAAAUCUGAUUGAAGAGAUUCCCUUGUAAAUAGAGAUAAUCCCCGAUCGUUUACCAACGAGGUUUCCAACGAGAGUAGCGGCGUUGUUUAUAUCUCAUUUCGCACCGCGAUCGCAGGAAUGGCGGAAUUUCUAGUAUUGAUCGUUUUUAUGAUACACCUACACGCCUAAGUACUCUUAGAAUUAGCGUUAGAGUUACGAACGGGAUUUGUUAUUUACGACCGACGGUUUCCGAGGAAAGUUUUCUUCCCAGAGGGAAGACGAGCGUCCUCAUGACGCCGCGGAAUAACGUCGUCACGAUAUUAGAAAGUGACACGAUGAAAUACUUACAAUUAACCGUACGGUCUCGACGGUGCGGCGCGGCGCUUCUCUCAAAGACUAUUUAGGUAUAACGAUUUCCUCGUUUCACAUUGAACGCCAACGUCGGGUUGGUUUCCGGUUUAAACGAGGCGGAAGCGACAGGUCUCGUGUACGGAUCGCAGCAGCGAAUCGCGACGCAUCGAAUGUAAUGCAAAGUAUUAAAUCGUUAUUUAAGCAGUUCUAGCGCGCUCUCACGGGAACGCGUAAUAUUGCGUCUGUGCGUGCGCCUGUAUACCUGUACAAUCUAUUUCUGUAGGCAUGUAGUUGCAUACAGGGUGUCGAGUGACUGGUACAACCGCACAGGGGCUGAAAACAGCGGGAAAUAUGGAAUAAAAUUGUUUCAUCGCGUUGAUUUGGAUCUACCAGCGUCACGAAAAUGCGAACCUGGCACUCGUGACUUCAUAAGGGCGGAGCUACCGAGCGACUGACUCCGUCCAUCCGCCUCCGCAGCGCCGAGGCACCCAAUCGCGAGUCCGGGGAACGCUCUCCCCGCCCUCCGACGCGCGAGCCGGCCAGUGGGCGUGGCCGCCACAGCGAAUCGUGCGAGGGAGGCGUGCAUCGUCGAAUCCGACCACUCAGGCGAGAGUGCCAGGUUAGCUGCGACGAAUGACACGCGACACCCUGUGCACGCGCACGCAUAUCCGAGUAAGCGCGUAGGUAUACUUCUAGUUUACAGAAUUAUAGAUUCUUGUGAUUCUAUAGACGAGUCGAACGGUCGCAAUACGACCGUCGGCCCUCCCGAUCGAUUUUCUAUUAAACUUUCUACGUAAUCACCGUCAUUCGACGUGCUGUUCGAAUUGCGUGGCCGGAACGCCUGGCGACCGACAGUGUAAACCUUUCGCGAGACGAUGUUUCACGUUCAUCCGAAAUGGACCGAAUUACGAACCCGUACGAUUGUUAUAUAGUCUAAUCGAGCGUGCGACGCGAUCUCAUCCCUUGUCUUUCGAACUCCCCAAAAGGUGGCGAGAAGAGAAUCGAGUCUGUCGGUGCCCUUUUGCUUUCCGACACCUUCUGGCGAGUUUCAAAGUGAAAGUAGUCUGGUAAUUAUUCGUUUACACUUUGCUCGUUACGCGUGUUACGCGGAGCGACUGGCAACGACCGGCGGAACGUACGGGACGAAAACGAGAAAACAUAACGUAUGCUUUUUUUUUCUUUUCUUUUUUUCUUUUCCGGAUUCUUGAACAUUGUUGAUCCUCGUCCUGUAUCGUCGCGAAGAAGCUGGAGGUUGCCCGAAGCACCGCGCAGAUUUCUAUACGGUGCUCCUCGAACAGACAAUUUGUUUAUAUAUAUACACGAUGAUGCCGCGUCAUCGGUCGUCGAUCAUCGAUCAUCGAUAGAACGGCAAGUAUUCUGUACCUGUACACCGUUGACAGACGAACCCGUGUACUGUUUCUACCUUUAAGAUAGAGAUCUUUAUUUAUUUUCUAAAAGAUAUAUCGUGUAGAAUUAGUUCGCGAACGGUGGCUACGACAGAUCGCGCGUAGAGUUCACCUGCGGUUUGCGCUCUGAACCUUGAGAACAAUAAAAAUUCGAAACGAUCCUCCGCGAGGAAUGAUUCUUCGUCCCCUCUCUUGCGAUGAUUUACGUCUUCUUGCCAAUUACGAUCGACGGCCCGAAAGAACGCGACAGAAACCUAGGGAUCUGUUUUCAACGCGAAACUCGUCUCGGGACCAGGCCUGGGAAUACUCGUGCGAAAGUGAACGGAAGAAAAGGAGAAGGUGAACGAACAAGAAGAAGAAGAAGGAAGGAAUCGAGAUACGAGAAUGCUAAACGGAAGAGACGGAUGGAACACGAGCGAACUACCAUCGAUCUCUUCUCCCCCGUCUAGUUUCUGCCAAGCGAUUAUCGGAGAACCGUACAGCUCGGUCCAAGUGGAGUUCCAUCAUAGAGAUUGCCUGAUGAUAACCGAGGUCAUUGCUUCAGUCAUCAUUAGCGGAACAAGUCUUUACUCCGCGGAUCAAACCGUAUUGCCUGGUACGGUGUAGAAUAAUCGACCGACCGAGUACGGAGAACUCGAUUUUACGUCGGGGGACCGAUGUUUGUUAACGUUAGAACUACCGAGCACUUUUCGAAAUGUAUAUAGAAACUAGAACAGUGCGUCUGACUUUGAUUUAUGAUUCAGAUUUCGUGAAUCAUCUUUAACCCCUCGAAGAUUCUUUGAAAUAUAGGAAACCGGAUUAAGCUGAAUAAUACAAUUGCUUAAUUAACACUAGAAGUACCGUACUAGACAAAAUGACUGGUUUCGAUUUGUUUGUUUAGCAAUUAUUGAUAUCUUCGAAGCAUUGAAUACUUGAAAUGAUUUUGGAAAUAGUUUCACUUGAGUACUAUGAGUAUCCAAAGAAACUGAAAGUAAUCUAUUGUUACAAUUUUUAUAGAGAUUACGUAUCAAUCGUAUUAAACGCUCGGUAGUUCUAGUGUUAAUAGGAACAGGGAAACUUCAUGCUGUUUGACUAAUUAUCAUUUGUUUUUAGUCUUCCAAAUACAAUUUCGUCUAUCUUUCUAAUCAUUGCGAAACGAAGACAUCAGGAAUUGUUUCGAUCUAUCUGGUGUUAGUGUUAAUUGCGGUGUCGAAGUUUAUUUCCAUUCAUCGGCGUCAUCUUCCAGAGCGAAUUAGUGUCGUUGCGAAUGAAUACCAGAUCGUACAAUGCAACUUGAAGGAUCGCGGAGGACGCAGUUGAGGAAUGAUGGUAGUCUUAGGGAAAAUCUGAAACGGUAGCGACGAUAACGAACGGUACACAAUGGAACACGAGUGGGCGCACGUGAAUAUUAAUGUUGCUCCGGUAUCAACGUUGAGUAAUUUUCUGUACAGAGAUAGAAGAUAUAAGCGGGAAGACUUAUCUCUCUGUUAUACAAUAAUAUUACGAUGUCGCAAUAACGACGCUGCCAUGUUUACCUACAAUUAACUAUUUUAAUUGUAGAAAUUAUAACGAUAUAACAAAAUUUGAUAUAUAUGAUUAAUAACGAAUUAAAUGAAUCUUACGAAUAUUGCGUCGAAAUAAUUAUGAAUAUGUUUAAUUAUUCGUUUGAUAGUUUUAACGAUAAUCGGGAUCGUUGACAUCGAGGGAAUCCACAAUUGACGGUAAUCGUGAUCUUACACGCGUUUAAUUAAUUGGGAAUUUAUUUUUUAAUUUAACGAUGGGUUAAUGUUAAUUGGAACUAAAAUAUAUAGAUUAAUUUUUAAGUAUUUAUUACUAAUUUUACAGAGUGGUAUUUAACAUAAAAUUUAUCAAAUUAAUAAUUAAGUAAUAUUGUGAAAUUAACAAUCUUAGGAAAAACAAUCAAAUGCAAUAACGUGGUUGGUUAAGAAGUUGUCAAGUUUAUCAUAUCGACAGGAAUACGUCACGAUACAUUCGUACGAUGGCGACCUCUGACAAUCAUAACAAUCACUUGGACUCGGUAGUUGGACCUAACCUAAUGGACAGUUUAAAUGUGGAAAAUUGAAAUUCCGUUAGCCGGAACAUUAACUAUCCGAUGAGAUUGUCGCGCGGCCGUGUGAUUCGCGAAACUGACGUAAUAUUAAGUUCCUAACAUUUUCUAUGAACACGUGUAAAUGUACAGUAUUUUUCGAGAACAUUUUCGCGACACUUUUUUCUCGUCGACGGAGCUGCCCGACUGUAAACAUAACCUCCAUGCGAGUGAUGCUCGUUUUACGUGGUUUCCAAAAUACGAAUUUGCUCGUGUUACUCGGUGGUCUUUUGCUGUGCCUUGUCUUUAUGAUACAAGUGAAACAAAUCUACAAUAAUAAUCAGAAGUACAACAGAUAUUUAGGAUACAAGGAAUACAUGAAUGAAAUCUCCACGGAAUUGAAAGCGGUCGAGAAGUCUGCGAACAAGUCCUCGACUUACGUGCGUCAGCUAAAUGAAAUUCUUUCAAAACACCGUGAAAGAAAUAUGAAAAACGUUUCCGUACCGCGCGUUGUUCUUCCACUGUAAAGUAUUUUGGUUACCUGAAAAGUUGGCGAUACAAAAAGAUCCUGAUCAAUGGGGAAUGGCAUUUUGUAAUUAAUAUUAUGUAUUAGCUUAUAUCUUUUAGUUCUAAUAGCUCGCAUGGGAUGAUACAUGGUGACUUCGUGAUGUGUCUGACUGGCAAAAACUGCAGUAUUGUUUUCAACAGGUUCUGUGUGUAAAAAUGCACAAUAAAAUAUUAUUGGAAAUCAUUUUCAUAACAAAGACAGUAUAUCUUUUGGAAUUACCUUGAUCGAGAAGCGGAAGAAGUGAUUUCCCUGUUAAUUGUGGGGAAAGAACUUCAUUUUCAUUGGAUGAAGGUUGAUUCGUAUAGGUGAUGUCAAACCAAUCUAACAGUGUUGGUACAAUGUCCAAUAAAGAUGUUAAGCUGUAUGUUACAGCAUUUUUCCUAUGCUUUGGGUUUGGUGACCUAAUCAUCAUAGGUUCUGCCAAACCUGAUGGAAAAGAAUUUGUCAUUUAUGUGUAACAGGUGUCUUCAAACCUUUUUAAGGCAAAUUUAUAUUUAAAUUGUUUCUUUAUACCUGGUUCAUAUAGAUUUGUUCGACCAUUUGGAAAUGGUAUACCAUUGUCUGAUGUGUAAAUGACUAAUGUGUUAUCUUUGAAACCAGCAUCUUCAAUUUCCUUUAGCACUAGACCCACACCUUUAAAAUUUCAAAUUUCUAUCAUAAUUCUCAAAUGUAGUAUUUCUACAUUUUAUACUGUUGACAGGUGAUAAAUCAUUUAUCAUAUUAUUAAUAAAUAUCAGCAAAACAGAAAUACAUUAACAUAAUAUUAAGAUAAAAUAUUAAUUUUCAUUUGUACCUUGGUCUAAACGAGAUAUAGUUGUAUACUGCGCAGCAAUAUCUCGUCUAGCAGUUUCCGUAUUUUGAACAAAAUAAGGAACUUUCACUUGAUCCCAUUGGUAAUAUAUUGGAUGCCAGUCAGGAAUACUACCCAUGCCAAUAUCACCAUUGCCAAACUUUUCACAAAAAUUUCCAUAUUCUGGAUGAGAGUGUCCACAUCGAUGAGGAUCAUGAAAUGCAAUAUAUAAAAAGAAAGGCCUAAAAAUUUUGAAUUAUUUAUAUCACUCCUUUAAAAAAAAAUAAUAAUUCUAUGCAUAAUGAUAUCAUACUGUGUUCCAUUGUGGGAAAGAAAGUCUCUCACUAAAAGUUUAAUUUUAGUAAUAUUGCGACCAACUUGAAGGAUUGAAUUGUUUUCUUCUGUUUGUGAAAAAUCAAAUGGGUAUACACUAUCCGGGCCUACAUGCUUUUUUCCAAUAAUACCUAAAAAAUAUGUUAAAUGCCAUUUAUGGAUUUGUUAUAAAGUUACUGUUACCAUUUAAUACAAAUCUACCUGUUCGUAUAUUAUUUUCUCUUAAUAUUUUUGGUAAACUUUGAACAUUAUCAAAGGAAUUAAAGUGAUGAAUUCCGUGAUGGAGACCGUACAUUCCAUUCUGGUGACUUGGUAAACCAGUGAGUAAAGAAGCACGGCUAAAAUUCAAAAAUCUUUAUAUAUAUCAAAUUUUUACAAUAUAAUUUUCAAAACUUGAGAAAAUUAAGGAAACAAUAAAAUGUUAAAUCAUACCUAGGUGAACAGCUGCUAACCGAUGAAUAUGCAUUAUUAAAUAACAAACUUUCUUUUGCCAAUUUGUCUAAAUUAGGUGUCUGGCAAAUUUUAUUUAAGUAGGAUCGCAUUUCAAAUCCUCCAUCAUCAGCUACAUGAAGAAAAUUUUAAAUAUUUAAUAAUAUCAUAAAUUGAUAUAAAGCAAUAGAGUUAAUGUUAUGUAUUACACUAUGAGAAAAAGUUUAAAGAAAACUAUAAUUUUAAAAAUGUUUAAAACAUUAAAAUUGAGUUUAUUUGAAUCCAGAUAUUUACAGAAUUUAAACAUUUGAAUUUUUUAAUGAAGAAACAAUAGCUUAUUAUUACCCAAAAGUAAUACAACAUUUUUACGGGCCGCAGUGUUUGCAUUUAAAUUACGUAAAUCAAAUAAGAUAAGAAUGAUAAGACAAUAUAAUUUAUUCGG